AUGAAGUCUCGUGUCCGUAUCCACGUCUGCUGUAAGUGGAUGUAUAUAGCUAUGCUCACCUCAUUAGCCAUCUUGAUCACCCUAGAGCUCCAUUUAUAUGCUGAUUUGAGGACGAAGACCCUCUUGCAGAAAUCGAGACGAGGUCGACAACACAGAGCGAUUCUGGAAUCCAGCCAUAGUCAUUACAAACGUAAACACGGCUCAUCAAGGAUCGUGAAAUCAAAAGUUGCCAACGACAUUGAUGAAAAAAUGAAUAAAAGAAUAUUUCGUUCACACCAAAGAGUGGAACAAACUCUGGAUAUGGUUUUAGAAAGAGUGAAAAGUGGAAAAGAGGGGUCAAUCUACUGCGACGGGAAUUUAGAAGUAUUUAAUUUGGAUAUAGUUUUAAUGAAAAAUGUUCUUAUCGACGCACGUCAGCAAAAGAGUAAAUUACAUGGAGGAGAGACAAUCAAACAGGUUAUUGGUGAGAAAGAAAGCUCCGAGGUGGUUACAUUAAAACCGGGAUUUUUUCGUAUUCCUUGUGCUUCAAUGCCAUUACUGAAAUUCUCUCCGAAGUCACAUUUUUCAAAUUGGUACUUGACGGUGUCCGAAAAAGAAGUUGAUAUUCCUCCUAAAUCUACUCAUAUUUCUAAUUUUACUGUUUUUGUCAAAAGAGGUGACUAUGCCAACAUGUACUGGACGCUGAUAGAACUGUAUAAUACCUAUAUGACUAUACGACUGUUCGGGAAAGAUCCGAAAACAACAUCUGUAGUUCUGGUAGAUGCUCAUCCUCAAGGUAAACUAGACAGUCUUUGGACUCUCCUGUUCGGAAAAGUUAUUCGAGUCAGGAGCUUGCGAGGUGAUAUAUUUAUAAAGGAAGUUACUUGGGUGAUUCCAUUGUCGUCUUCUCCGAUUGGACAAGCCAUUCCUAAUCUUCCAUUCAUACGUGAAUUUAAAAGUACACUGUACAAGGCUGUCGGAAUUAAUUCCGUUGUUCCUAUAUGUGAGAGAGGAUUAAACCACACAGUUAUCACUCUGAUACUUAGACACGACUACGUGGCACACCCACGGAACCCAUCAGGGAAAGUAAGCAGAAAAAUAACAAAUGAAAAAGAACUCGUAAAACAUUUAGAUAGAAAGUUCCCAGGAGGCCGUUUGAACGCUGUUCAGUUAGAUCAAUUUUCUAUUAAAGAUCAAAUUAGGAUUAUAUAUAACACGUCCGUUCUGGUAGGGGUGCACGGCGCCGGACUGGCGUACACUCUCUUACUGCGGCCAGGAGCUGCCAUGUUCGAAAUGUUUCCGUUGUCGUACAAGAAAAGCCCUAAUUGGCAUUUUCAACAGUUUGCGGUGUGGGGAGGGUGUUGGUACGAAAGGUGGAUCAGUAAGGAUAAAUCGCCAAAGAGUAACGAGUGGAUACGAAUCCCAACAGAAGUACCGGAACAUUUCAUAAACAAAUACCUACAUCGGAUGUGCAAUUUGACUUCGACGUAUUCAUAA